UCAGUAUGGAGCUCAGUCAACUUCCUCUCGUGCUCUUGUUGAUUUCACACAUUCACUCUGGACACACUGAAGAAACACUUAAAGCCAAAGUGAGCAUUAAACCUGCUGAACAUGUAUUCAGAGGAGAGACAGUCACUCUCAGAUGUGACAUUGAUGGUGAAGGAGUCACUAGCUGGCAGUACAGCUGGUAUAAAGAUGAUUCAAACAGGGUUUUCAGUGAACUACAGGAACACACAUUCAGUCCUGUUACUGAGUCUGACGCAGGUAAAUACUCCUGUUAUGGAGCAGAGAGAGGAGGAUCACGAACAUCAAACAUCAGUGAUGAAGUUACACUGACAGUAUCAGAAAAACCAAAAGUUAAAGUGAGUAUUAAACCUGCUGAACAUGUAUUCAGAGGAGAGACAGUCACUCUCAGAUGUGACAUUGAUGGUGAAGGAGUCACUAGCUGGCAGUACAGCUGGUAUAAAGAUGAUUCAAACAGUGUUUUCAGUGAACUACAGGAACACACAUUCAGUCCUGUUACUGAGUCUGAUGCAGGUAAAUACUCCUGUUAUGGAGCAGAGAGAGGAGGAUCACGAACAUCAAACAUCAGUGAUACAGUUACACUGACAGUAUCAGGAAGACCAAAAGUCAAAGUGAGUAUUAAACCUGCUGAACAUGUAUUCAGAGGAGAGACAGUCACUCUCAGAUGUGUCAUUGAUGGUGAAGGAGUCACUAGCUGGCGGUACAGCUGGUAUAAAGAUGGUUCACUCUACAGCUCCAAUGAACUACAGGAACACACAUUCAGUCCUGUUGCUGAGUCUGUCGCAGGUAAAUACUCCUGUAAUGGAGCAGAAAGAGGAGGAUCACGCACCUCACAAUACAGUGAUGAAGUUACACUGAAAGUAUCAGGUGAGUUUGAUCAUCUUGUCAUAUACACACAAGUUAAAAAUGCUGAUAAGAGUGACUCCUUAACCCUUAAGUGUUGUUUGGGAUCUUUUUGACCACAAAUGACAU